GGCCCUUGCCUGUUCCCUAACCCCCGGCAGCAUUUUCAUUCUGGCUUUGCAGAAGCGCUAGCCCAGCUCCACGUGUCAGGCGCAGGCCCACUUGGACAUUAUCGCCCGCGGCUUGGGUACUCUGUGCCUCUUCUCUCUCCCACUCGCUUUUCUGUGGCCGGGGGAAUUUGGAGCGCGGCCAGAGUCUGGGGGUGCUGGCGCCCGCCUUCGCCCGUUAAGUUACUGACCUAGACCCACCCAUUCUCGCAAAUUCACUCGCAACAUCGUCAUUCUGCCCGGCGUCAGGGUCACCGCCGCGGUGACCCUCACUGUGGCAGCACACCUGGGCCCCAAGAAACCCGCCCAGGAAGGGGGCGUAGUCCCAGGCUGUACGGGGAGACCACGCCCUACGCCCCGCCCCUCUGUCUAGAGGCCCGCCCCCCAGAAGUACGCUCUAUGGAACCCGGGAACCACGCCCCCAAGCCUCCUUCCGGCAAUAAACCACGCCCUUGUCCUAGAAACCACGCCCCUAUCUGGACGCCCGGUCCCAACGGCUUUCUCCGUCCGCGGACGGCGCGUGGCGGCGUGCGGAGAUGGCGGCGGCGGUGCGUGGGGCCAAGCAGCGCCUGCGGGCCGAGCUGAAGCAGCGUCUGCGGGCCGUGAGCGCCGAGGAGCGCCGACGCCAGUCUCACCUCCUGACGCAGAAGGUGCUCUCACACCCCCAGUACCAGAAGGCCAGGAGGGUCUCCAUCUUCCUGAGCAUGCCAGAUGAGGUGGACACGGGGGCCAUUGUCCACGACAUCUUCCAGCAGGGCAAAGCCUGCUUUAUCCCGCGUUACCAGCCUGGGAGCAGCCACAUGGACAUGGUGCGGCUGACCUCUCCGGACGAGCUGGCCGCCCUGCCCAGAACCUCCUGGAACAUUCAGCAGCCCAGCGAUGACGAGGUGCUCGAGGAGGCCUUGUCCACAGGAGGCCUGGACCUCAUCUUCAUGCCGGGGCUCGGCUUUGACACAGAGGGCCACAGGCUGGGGCGGGGCAAGGGCUACUACGACGCCUUCCUGCAGCGCUGCCUGGGCCAGCAGCCGGCAGCACCCUACACCCUGGCCCUGGCCUUCCGAGAGCAGGUGUGUCCUUACGUCCCAGUGGAUGAGGGUGACAUGCAGGUGGACGAAGUGCUGUUUGAUGAGGAUCCCACAUCUCCCACCUGCUGACAGGCCUGAUCGUGCCACCCCCAACAGACCCUCCAGUGUCACUUCGUCAUGAUACAGCCGUGUUGCCCUCCGCAUGUGGGCUGAGGGACCAGGCAUCUAUGCUGUGUCGCUGGGGCCCUGCAUCCCAUGGAGACAUGGCCAGAACAGCAUCACCCCCUGGCAUCUGAGGGGGCCUGGCGCUGAGCACUGCCUGCAGCCAGUGCUGUGCCCUUCCCCUAGGAAUGACCUGGGAAUAGCCUCGGGACUCAGGUCAAACCUGGGCCUGGACACCCUCACCUCCUGCCUCAACACCCUCCUGCCCAGACACCCUCACCUCCUGGACACCUUUGUCUCCUUCUGGACCUCCUACCCUCCAACCCAGUGCUCUCACCUCUUACCUGGACACCCUCACCUGCCCAAAGCCCUAUUCAUGGUUGCUGCCCCAUGGCAUUCACUCCUGGGCAGUCUGCAGCAGAAAGGGUGGGUAUGUGGCUUGCAGGUUCAAACGCCAUCGAGUGCAGAGCGGUGGUUCAGGGUCCAGUCCUAUCCCCUGGCUGGACCCCCACCCCAUCACCCUCGUCAUGGAGUGAGAGGGCACUUGGCUGGGCCAUGCAGAGGGCAGUGGCCUCCCGACAUUUGCAGGGGUUGGCAUCGCACAGCCCCAGGGGAGCCUGGGCUUCUGUACUAAGUGAUGUCCAAUUUCUUCUUUAGACAUUUUCAUCAGCCAUGAAAAAUGGUUGGUCUUUUGCUGACAUUUCAGCCUCGGGAAGUCAUGUGCUCUGAGAGGCACAAGCUUUGCAAGGUAUUUGGAGCAGAAGAGGGGGAGGUACCCCAAGUCUGCUGUGGGGCUGGUGACUGGCUUAAGGAGGUGCUGGCCUCUCUCGCCGCCCCUGCUGAGGGGUCUCUUCCCUCCCCUCACAGGUGGAACGCACUGUCCCCUGGGACCCCAAACAAUCCUGCUCUUCCACCCAGCUUCCCUCCUCUUUGGGCAUCUGCAAAGAGAGGCCUAUGCUGUCCUCUCCGGGGUGUAGGGGGCAGCUCAGUGCCAGCUCACCGCUGACUGCCUGAUGUAUUUCCCAAUGGCCUCUGGGGGCCCAGCCAAGCCCCCGAGGCUCUUGUUUGAAUCUGUGUAUUACAAGGGUUCCUCUCAGGGUGCCACCGUGUCCCCCUCCCUUUAAGCCAUCUAGACCCUCCUCCCAAGCCCAGCUAGUACCUGGGGAUAGUGAACCCUGCUUGGUGACUUGUGUGGCCACUGGGCCUACAGCGCCCUGUUUGGGGCAGGUGUCCCGGCACAGAGUUCCCUGUAAUCCUUGCUGCGCUUCCCAGCUCCCACCUGUCCUGGCCAUAGCCUGGGAACCCCAGGAGCCAAAAUGCCUCUUGUUCUGUCCAUCUGUAGCCUCAGGGGAGGGAGGGUGCUGUGCCCACGGCCCAGGUGCUGCCCGCUUGCGUCCUCCUGGUCCCUGACUGCACCUGCUUCCCGACCUCCACACUAUGUGACAGCGUCUCCAGGGCACCUCGGCUGCUUGGCCUCUCCAGAUCAUCGUUUUUUAUGUGGCAUCCCCAAAAAUGAUGAUUUGUUGUGACAAAUUAAGUUUCCCUUGUU